CAAAUUGGUUUCGAUUUUUUGCCUUUAUUGAAGGAAUGCUUGUCACCGGCUCCUCUCCUAAGCUUCCUCCCACACACAGAUCAGAGGAGAGGAAGACAGAAAGCUAGAGAGCUCUUUAUCUUCAUCAAUGGAGUCAGCAAAAUGUAAGAUUUGUUUCAGGCAAUUCUCUAACCGUAAAGCCUUGGGUGGUCACAUGAGAUCACACAUGGCGAAGCUUUCCAUUCAACCCAAGCCUCAGAAGCCUGAAAACUCCUCCAAAUUCGCUGUUCAUGACGACCAAGAAAGCGAAACCGACACGCCCAAGAACCAGAGUCGCAGACGAUCCAAACGGGCUUGCAGAUCAAUCAACAAAAAAGCCGACUCACCAGAUAGCUCAGUGGUUUCUGAUGUUGAUGACUUUUCUGCAGAAGAUGCUGCUCAGUUGUUGGUCUUGCUUUCAAGAGAGAAAUGGACAAGGGGGAAAGAAGUAGACAAUGAAGAAUUAAUGAAAGAGGACAAUUUCACGAUCAUCUACCGGUGCGAAACCUGCAACAAGGGGUUUCAGUCCUAUCAAGCCCUAGGAGGCCAUAGAGCAAGCCACAAGAAGUUGAAGAUCGAAAGCGAUGAAGAAGAUAUUGCACCCAGCAAGGGCAAUCAAAGAACUUUCAAAUGUCCAUUUUGCUUCAAGGUGUUUGAAUCUGGGCAAGCCAUGGGCGGACACAAGAAAGUUCACAUGUCCACUGCAGCAGCCGCUGCUAGAAGGGUUUCCAUGCCCGGACAAAACUUCAUUGAUCUCAAUCUUCCUGCUCCCGAAGAAGACAAUGGAAGUCAGGUGGAUGAUCCCUCAAUCAAAUGACGUUCAUCAUCAUCGUCUUGAUGAAAUUAAAGGUGAUUGCAUUCCUUUUUCUGUGUAUAGAUUUGAUUAUAGAUUUGAUUUGAAGUUAUUUUACAUAAUUUUAAGAAAUUUGAAACAAUGAGU